AUGGGAAGAUCACCGUGUUGCGAUGAGAGUGGGUUAAAGAAAGGGCCAUGGACACCAGAGGAAGACCAGAAACUGAUAAAUCACAUACAAAAAAACGGUCAUGGAAGCUGGAGAGCUCUUCCAAAGCAAGCCGGUUUAAACCGGUGUGGGAAGAGUUGCAGAUUGAGAUGGACUAACUACUUGAGACCAGACAUCAAAAGAGGAAACUUCACUGCUGAGGAAGACCAAACCAUCAUCAACCUUCAUUCUCUUCUUGGAAACAAGUGGUCGUCCAUAGCUGGUCAUCUUCCUGGAAGAACUGAUAACGAAAUAAAAAAUUAUUGGAACACACAUAUUAGAAAGAAACUUCUUCAGAUGGGGAUCGACCCAGUGACCCACAGGCCAAGAACCGACCAUCUAAAUGUUCUAGCUGCUCUACCGCAACUUCUAGCUGCUGCAAAUUUCAAUAACCUCUUGACUCUAAAUCAAAACAUACAACUGGAUGCAACAAGUGUUGCAAAAGCCCAAUUGUUACAUAGCAUGAUUCAAGUCCUCAACAACAAUAACAAUACCUCUUCUUCUUCCUUUGACAUUCAUCACACCAACAAUAACAUCUUUGACCAAUCUUCCUUCUUAGAGAAUCGACCAAAUAUAAGUGAAGAUUUCUAUGACCCAACCCAAAUUAGCCUCCCUCACAUUGAUCACCAACCUCUGGAUUCGUUUUCUAGCCCGACUGGAGUACUUUCUCAUCAAGAUGAUCAAAAUAUGAUUCCUCCAUUGAUUUCGGGCUCUCUUGAUGAGUCUAAGCAAACCCAAAUGAUGAUCAAGAACAAGGGAAAUUUGAAGCAUAAUGAUCAUACUUCGUACAUUUCAUCGACCUCAACGUUCACACAAGACCAUCAGCCAUGGUGUGAUAUAAUUGAUGAUGAAGCAAGUGAUUCUUAUUGGAAAGAAAUCAUAGAGCAAACUAGUUCGGAGCCUUGGCCAUUUCGUAAAUAA